CUCAAAAAGAGAAUUUGGGAAGCCAGCACAAGAGGCAGUAGUGGGAGCUGAACUGUAGAGUCAAUAGCUGAGAGCAUCAGAGGAUCACCAUUGUAAAGGUGUGAGCAGUGACCUGGACUUUUAAAGGAGUGCUUUCAGCACACACGCAGAGGCACCAUGGCAGGGGCCUCGGUGAAGGUGGCGGUGAGAGUCCGUCCCUUUAACUCUCGUGAGACCAGUAAAGAGUCCAAGUGCAUCAUCCAGAUGUCAGGAAACACAACCACCAUCAUCAACCCCAAAGCACCCAAAGAAACAAAAAGCUUCAAUUUUGAUUACUCCUACUGGUCACACACCUCACCAGAAGAUAUCAACUAUGCCUCCCAGCAGCAGGUGUACAGAGACAUUGGAGAGGAAAUGUUACUUCAUGCAUUUGAGGGCUACAACGUCUGUAUUUUUGCAUACGGCCAGACUGGGGCUGGUAAAUCUUAUACCAUGAUGGGCAAACAAGAGAAGGACCAGCAGGGGAUCAUUCCACUGCUGUGUGAAGAUCUUUUCACCAAGAUUAAUGACAACAAUACUGAUAACAACAUGUCCUAUUCUGUGGAGGUUAGUUAUAUGGAGAUUUACUGUGAAAGAGUACGAGAUCUUCUGAACCCAAAAAACAAAGGAAAUCUGCGUGUGCGAGAGCACCCAUUACUGGGCCCGUAUGUAGAGGAUCUGUCCAAACUCGCUGUCACAUCAUAUAACGAUAUUCAAGACCUGAUGGACUCAGGGAAUAAGGCUAGGACAGUAGCUGCCACUAACAUGAAUGAGACCAGCAGCCGUUCACACGCUGUCUUCAACAUCAUCUUCACCCAGAAGCGUCAUGACUCGGAGACAGACAACACUUCAGAAAAGGUCAGCAAAAUCAGUCUGGUGGAUUUAGCCGGCAGUGAGAGAGCUGAUUCCACUGGAGCCAAAGGCACACGGCUCAAGGAAGGGGCAAACAUCAAUAAAUCACUCACAACCCUGGGAAAAGUCAUUUCGGCUCUGGCUGAGGUGGAUUCUGGCUCAAACAAGAAUAAAAAGAAGAAGAAAGUAGAAAGUUUUGUUCCUUACAGGGAUUCUGUACUGACCUGGCUACUGAGAGAGAACCUGGGUGGCAACUCUCGCACCGCAAUGGUGGCGGCUCUCAGUCCUGCUGACAUCAACUAUGAUGAAACCCUCAGCACUCUCAGGUAUGCAGACAGGGCUAAGCAGAUCCGUUGUAAUGCUGUGAUCAAUGAAGAUCCUAAUAACCGUCUGGUGCGUGAGCUGAAAGAUGAGGUGUCCCGUCUGAAGGACCUCCUCUAUGCCCAGGGCCUGGGUGACAUCAUCGAGACGUUUCGGGGGCCAGUUGAAGAUUUUGCUGGUUUGAAAUACAUAUCCGAUUACAAGAACAAUAACAAUAGUGGCCAAGCUGUCAAUCAAAGAGGUGAUCUCUCCACAGUGACCAAUGCUAUGACGGGGAUGAGCCCCUCCCCAUCUCUCUCCGCCCUGUCCAGCCGAGCUGGUUCCAUCAGCAGCCUCCAUGAUCGCAUCCUGUUCAGCCCAGGGAGCGAGGAAGCCAUUGAGAGACUCAAGGAAACGGAGAAAAUUAUUGCUGAGCUCAAUGAAACCUGGGAAGAGAAGCUUCGCCGUACAGAAGCCAUCCGAAUGGACAGAGAAGCACUGCUGGCUGAGAUGGGUGUGGCCAUGCGUGAGGAUGGAGGAACUGUUGGAGUCUUUUCACCAAAGAAGACGCCCCACCUGGUGAAUCUAAAUGAAGAUCCUUUAAUGUCUGAGUGUCUUCUGUAUUACAUCAAAGAUGGAAUUACCAGGGUGGGGAGAGAAGAUGCCAGCAGAAGACAGGACAUUGUUUUGAGUGGUCACUUCAUCAAAGAGGAACACUGCACUUUCACCAGCACCACUGGACCUAUGGGAGAAGCUGUCAUUCUUGAGCCGUGUGAGGGAGCAGAAACAUAUGUCAAUGGGAAGAGAGUAACAGAGCCUACAGUUCUCAAAUCAGGGAACCGAAUCAUUUUGGGCAAGAGCCAUGUGUUCCGCUUCAACCAUCCAGAGCAGGCUCGUCAGGAACGUGAACGAACCCCAUGCGCUGAGACGCCAAUGGAGCCUGUAGACUGGGCCUUUGCUCAGAGAGAACUCCUGGAGAAACAGGGCAUUGAUAUGAAACAGGAAAUGGAUCAGAGACUGCAGGAACUUGAGGAUCAGUAUCGCAAAGAGAGAGAGGAGGCCAACAAUCUAUUGGAGCAACAGAGAUUAGACUAUGAGAGCAGGUUAGAAGCCCUGCAGAAACAGGUAAAUCGUUGUUACCCUGAUGUGGCAGAGGAAGAUGAAGAACCUCAGGAGGAAGUGCAAUGGACUGAGAGAGAGACAGAACUGGCGCUGUGGGCUUUCCGUAAAUGGAGAUGUUAUCAGUUCACUUCUCUCAGAGAUCUGCUGUGGGGCAAUGCCAUCUUCCUCAAGGAGGCCAAUGCCAUUAGCGUGGAGCUAAAAAAGAAGGUUCAGUUCCAGUUUGUGUUAUUGACGGACACGCUUUACUCUCCACUUUCACCUGACCUGUUACCACCUGAGACAGCUAAAGACCGCGAGAAAAGCCCAUUCCCUUGCACCAUUGUGGCUGUAGAAGUCCAAGAUCAGAAAAAUGGAGCCACACAUUACUGGACCCUGGAGAAGCUCAGGCAGAGGCUGAAUCUGAUGAGAGAGAUGUAUGAUCGUGCUGCUGAGGUGCCUGGCAGUGCUCUUGAGGACUGUGACAGUGUGCUGACUGGAGGCGAUCCAUUCUACGACCGCUUUCCCUGGUUCCGUCUGGUUGGAAGAAACCCCCUUUUCUCCACAUGCCUUAGUGAGCAAGCGAGCAACCCAAACUCCUCCCCCACCCCCUCUGAGCCCACAUCAACCUCUGAAAUCACUGAGCUGGUCCAGUCAUGGCCUAACAAGAGAUUGGGGACAGAGCUGGAUGACUUGGACGAUGAUUUCUUAUCGGAUGACCCAUGCUCGGAUAUUGAGGAGGAGGAGGGGGAGGAUGAGGAUGAUGAUGAUGAUGAGGAAGAGCUCUGCAGAAGCUCCGGCAAAACUGAGGACCCGUUUUACGAUCGCUCGCCAUUGUUCAGUGUAGUGGGAAGGGCAUUUGUGUAUUUGAGUAAUCUGCUCUAUCCUGUGCCCUUGGUCCAUCGGGUUGCCAUUGUCAAUGAGAAGGGAGAGGUCAAAGGUUUCCUCAGAGUAGCUGUACAGGCAAUAUCAGGUGCUCUGGUUUUUCCUCCAGCUGAUGAAGAGGCACCAGACUAUGGCUCUGGUGUCCGACAGUCAGGCACUGCCAAGAUUUCUUUUGAAGACCAGCAGUUUGAGAAGUUCCAGUCAGAGUCCUGUCCUUCUGGUCUUUCACGUGCUGGUGUAUCUCAGGAAGAACUGCGAAUUGUGGAGGGUGAGGGUGAGGGUGAGGGUGAGGGCGAGGGUACAGGCGAGGGCGAGGGCCAAAAUGCAGAGAUGUCACUGUCAGCAGAUGAGGUCAACAAUAAUACCUGUGCAACUAACACAGAGGAGCUGGACAGCCCUGUCAAAACCGGUCUUGAUGGCGUACUGGAUGGCGCUCUGGAUCACUUGAGGAUCGGAGAAGCCUUUACAUUCAGAGUUACUGUGCUGCAGGCGUCAAGCAUAUCCGCAGAAUACGCAGACAUAUUCUGCCAGUUCAAUUUUAUUCACAGGCACGAUGAAGCGUUUUCCACAGAGCCGUUGAAGAACACUGGACGUGGUCCACCACUUGGCUUCUAUCAUGUGCAGAAUAUUGCUGUGGAAGUGACUAAGUCCUUUAUAGAGUACAUAAAGACUCAGCCAAUCGUGUUUGAAGUGUUUGGACAUUACCAGAAGCAGCCUUUCCCUUCGCUCUGCAAGGAUCUCAUUAGCCCGUUGCGCCCAUGCAGACGACAGUUCCCGAGAGUCAUGCCUCUUUCCAAACCAGUACCCGCCACCAAACUGACAGCUCUCACACGACCCACGGCAGGACCGUGCCACUGUAAAUACGACCUGAUGGUCUUCUUUGAAAUCUGUGAGCUAGAGGCUAAUGGAGACUAUAUCCCAGCCGUAGUGGACCACCGGGUAGCCAUGCCCUGCCAUGGCACUUUCAUGUUACAUCAGGGCAUCCAAAGGAGAGUCACAGUCACCAUAGUACAUGAGUCAGGAAGAGAUAUUAAGUGGAAGGAAGUGCGAGAGCUGGUUGUAGGGCGCAUCCGGAACACGCCUGAAGCAGAUGAGACAAUCAUCGACCCCAAUAUUCUCUCUCUCAACAUACUGUCUGCAGGAUACAUCCAUCCCGCACAUGAUGACAGACAGUUUCUUGAUUCGGACAUUCCUAGGUAUAUUACCUUCAAAUCCCUUUCCUCUCAUAAGAUACUCUUAUAUAGACGUAUAAGAUACUUCUCUCUCUCUCUCUCUCUCUCUCUCUCUCUCUCUCUCUCGAUGGAGAACUGCACACAGCCCACAGUGAUAACCAAAGACUUAUGCAUGGUGUUCUACUCAAGAGACGCCAAGCUACCAGCAUCUCGCUCCAUCAGGAGCCUCUUCAGCAGUGGCACCUUGAGGCCAUCUGAAGGAAACCGUGUAACUGGUGUGUAUGAGCUCAGUCUGUGCCACUUGGCUGAUGCAGGGAGCCCAGGAAUGCAAAGACGACGCAGAAGGGUGCUGGAUACAUCGGUGGCGUAUGUGCGAGGGGAGGAGAACCUGGCUGGCUGGAGGCCCCGCAGUGACAGCCUCAUCCUGGACCAUCAGUGGGAGCUGGAGAAACUGAGCCUCCUGCAGGAGGUGGAGAAAACCAGACACUACCUCCUCCUUAGGGAGAAGCUGGAGUCCACCCUGCUGCUGGGCCAGGAGUCGCUGCUGUCCUGCGGGAGUGAGGAUCUAACCGAGUCCUCCUCCCCGUCCACCCACCUGGGCCUGGGCCACAACCCUUGCCCCGGCCCUGACACGCCCAACGAGAGGCAGAAGGAGCUGGCUGCAAAGUGUUUGCGUUUGCUUAACCACACCUUUAACAGGGACUACAGCCAUGUGUGUGUUAGCGCCAGCGAGAGCAAGUUAAGCGAGAUGUCAGUAACUCUUUUGAAAGGCUCGGCCUCAGUGUGUGCAGAAAGCACCCUCACCCCGUCCUCCACAUGCCCCUCACUCGUGGAGGGACACUACGGCCACAACACUGAACUCAGACCCCCAACACCUCGAUCUCGUGCUGUCAGCCCCAUCCCUGACACUGAAACAGAGGGCAAGAAGUCUCCUCAAGAGUCCAAAUCAAGAUCCCACACUUUUGUGCCAGACAUUCAGGAAAUCCGUGUCAGCCCAAUUGUGUCAAAGAAAGGUUAUUUGCAGUUCCUGGAGCCCCACAGUAAUGACUGGGUUAAGAGGUAUGUGGUGGUACGCCGGCCUUAUGUCUACAUCUACAACACAGAGAGAGACACAGUGGAAAGGGCCAUUCUUAACCUGUCCUCGGCACAAGUGGAGUACAGCGAAGACCAGCAGGCCAUGCUGAAGACCCCCUACACAUUUGCGGUAUGCACAGAGCAUCGUGGGAUACUCCUUCAAGCCAGUAAUGACAAGGAGAUGCAUGACUGGCUGUAUGCCUUUAACCCUCUGCUUGCUGGAUCUAUCAGGUCUAAACUGUCCAGAAGAAGAGCCGGGCAGAUGAGAUUUUGAGCCCACUACAUGCAUACCUACUGUACAACUCUUUGAGGACAAAAAACACAAAGGACUAACCUUGUAAAUACUGAUAGAUCCCUCAGUUUCUGUGCUUAAUCAACUCUCUGACCCUCUGUUUCCUACAUGUGUGUACCUGCACCUGCCCACACUAGCACCUACUGUGCGGCCCCUUUGUUGUGCAUCUACAGUGGCCUAAAUAUUCAACUGAUAGCGCCAAGAGAACAGGCUAACUACUUUAUUGGGGUAGAGAUGGUAGUAGUAUGCUUAUGUAGUCUUCAGCAACAUUUUAGAAAGCUGGUGAUGGGAAUUUCUAAUUCUGAAGCUGUCAGCUCAUGCAAACACAUCUGAAUUUGUUACUGUGAAGAGUGGCGUCCAUAUCUUGGGUUUGUGGGAAAAUAGAUCACAUGGCCUUACUGUGUUACUCU